UAUGUUCCAUCCCUUGCUCUGUCCAUCAUCGCUAUCGCACUGUUUAUACUAGGCUUUGCUGGACAUGUCUUUUUUCUCUUCAAGUAUCGUACUUGGUAUUUCGUCCCUAUUGCCAUUGGCACCGCGAUGGAAAUCAUUGGCUAUAUCUUCCGCAUCCUCAGUAAUGUCGAAAAUCCUUAUGCAGUAGCCUGGUUCGUUGCUCAGUACUUCUGCAUCGUUGUCGCACCCGUCUUCUUCAGUGCAUCGAUCUACUCCAUCGCCUCGGUCUUGACAAACUUCUACGGCCGCCGCUACGCACCCCUACCGCCUAAACUCAUCCUCUGGGGCUUCGUGAGCUGCGAUAUCGUAGCGACAAUCCUUCAAAUCGCUGGUGCUGCAUUAGUAGGCACCGCAUACUCAAACCGAGAAGACCCAACCGACUACAACACGAUCUUAUUCUCCGGGCUGUGCGUGCAGGUGGUCUCCUUUGCUCUAUUCCUGAUCGUUCUUGUGUGCAUCCUCCUCAAAGCACGAUCCAGUGUCCAUAGUGUCUCGCGGAGGUUCUUGGUUGCGUUUGUUAUAGCGGCGCUGGCUGUAUGCCUACGAACGUGCUUUAGAUUGGCAGAGACAGCACCGGGUUUACAAUCCGAUCUGGCUAAUCAGGAGGUUUACUUUGGAUGCUUGGAGUUUGCGCCUAUGGUUGUGGCGGUGGGGUUGCUUAUGUAUGCGCAUCCGGGAAGAUGGCUUAAGGGUGUGUCGAUGGUUGAAAUUACAGAUUCACCUGCU